GGUUAUGGGUCUUACAUCUACAUUGACCUCAACUCACCACCACAUUCAUCUUGACGAGAACAUGUCUGGCACGAACAAAUCUGCGGCUCUAGAAAUCGUCCCCGUCCAUGUGAUUCAUCCAGAUCGGGACGAUCUUUUCCGCGCUGCAGCAUGUCCCACUGAUUUGCUCAAAAGGAACGUCAAAACUAUGGGCGUACAAUGCACGCAGUGUCAAAAAAAAUUGGAUAAACUUUUGAAAUGUUCAAAGUGUAAGGGCGUCUGGUAUUGCUCAAAAGAGUGCCAAAAGAAACACUGGCCCAUCCACAAACUGGGAUGCCACGACGUUGAACGCUCCUCCGGAGCAAUCAAACUCGUACGAAUGAUCACCGCAAACAUAACGCUCAUGAUGUGUCUCCAAGCCGCUAGUGUCAUCGAGUGUGCUUUGCUUGAAAACCCCCGGAUCGGAUUCGACAUGCCUUUCAUGGUCCGCGUUGACAUCGCCGUUGAGCCGGUUGAUAUUCUUGACUUUAUUAGACUAUAUCUCGAUGGCGGGACCGUUCAGGAGAAGAUACAAGGGAUGGUGCAAGUCAAUACCAUUUCUCCAUGGGUUCCGAGCGCGCACGGUCCCCUUACGCCGACGCGACUACGCUUAUGGCGCGAGGCUCGAGCAGAGGGCAACGCAAAGGGUUUCUCCAAAGAUCCCAUUGGACUUAUAGAGUUCAUCAAUUAUACAGAGCACGGAACCACCUCUGCGUUUCGAAUUCCCCCUGAUCCCAUUAGGCUCGUGAAGAAAGGCGAGCCUUUCAUAUCUUCCUCUGCUUUCACGGGCAAUCAAAUCGAGAAACCUUUGAACUCUGCGACGUUGCUAGAGUAUAUCAAUUUGCACAUCCGGGCCGACAAGCAGAAUCAGUUGCUUCUAAGGACAGAGAUGACAGAGCAAGACAAGGAAGUUAUCCGCGCUACAGGUCGAAAUGAGGAAUCGCUUUCCGUCACUCUUCUCAAAGACAAGAUGCGAAGAGAACACCUCUAUGCUAACAUAGUGAACUUGACAGCUAAUCAGUCUUGAGUGCGUGCGUCUCAGAGUGUUCCACGUAUUUCUGAAUUUAGCACCAAGACAGACAACUUUGAAGGAAAAUA